AUGCUUACGGCGACAGCGACGUCGCAAAAUUCGGCCGCGCAAAACGGAAAAUCGUCGGUGACAUCAAACGGAAAUUCUGGAAAUUUUCAAAGACAACAAUGUUUUUUGUGCGAUUAUCCUCGAUGGCCUUGGGCAAUGUGCAAUGAUUAUGUUGAACCAGUAUGUAGAGGAUGUGUAAAUUAUGAAGGUGAUCGGUGAGUGAAAAAAAGAGGGUAGAAAACAAGAGAAACAUCAGACGGCGCCAAGAGUUCCCCCAAACAAAAAGUGCACAAAACAUCAUUGUUUGUCACGUGUUGAUAACAAUAACAUAAUAAUCAUAAUAAAAAUAAUAACAAAAUUAUGGAGCAUACUGUACCUGAAAAUCACAUUACAAAAUUUAAAAUUCAUUUCAAUUCAGGAAAAUAUUUUUCAUUAUUUUGUUUUCAAAAAAAAAAAUUUCAGAAUUGAAACAGCUUUGGAAAAUGCUCGCCAAAUGAAGAGGAUACACGGAUUCCCGGUAGCUGACCCAAGUCACACAAAAAUUGCAAAAGAUAUUGGACGAAUCAGCCCGCCACGUCCAACCCCAACUCAACAAUUUGCACCUUUAGCUGGAUUGAAUUUUGAAGCUCUUGCUCAACAAAGAUUACUUCAAUUAGCAACAUCAAAUCCUCGAACUAUGGAUGAUUUAUUACAACAACAUAUGCGAUCAUUGUCGCAAGUUGCGCAACAGCAACAACUUCAACAGCAGCAACAACAACAAUUGUCAACUUUCCAUUUGGCCGCUGGAUUGGGUGGACUUUUGCCAACCAAUUUUCAAACAACACUUCCACAAGUUACACCACAAAUCAAUUUAAGGAAGCGAGAACAUCAAAAUGAGGAGGAUUUGAAGCCUGAAAUUUAUGGAAAAGUUCAACGUGGUAAGUCUACAAAAUAUAUCUCGAUCUCCUCUUUCUAACCAAAAAAGUAUCUAGAAGAACCUGUAUUUUGCGCAAUUCAAUUCUCUCUUCAUUUUCCUUCCGCGAGCGCGCGCGCGAUAAAAAUGACCUCGAGAAAAAUAUACAGAAAGAGAGUAAAAGAGAGGGUCACAGAAGGCAAACCGGUUUUUUUUGGUAUUGCGUGCCAGGCGCGCCUUAUGGCCCCAAUGACACUCUUUUGGUGUUCCUCUUUGGGCCGCCAGAAAGUCCUUGGCAAACUUUCAACCAAAAAAACCAAGAUUUUUUGUUGAGACUUCGCUCAAAAUGAACUUGAGGUUAAAAACGGUUUGUGUGUAUUUGCACCUGGCAAAUAUUGACUUACUCGAAGUAAACUUUUUUUUAGUCAAGCCUGAUGAAAAAAUCGAAUUUCACAAAUUGACACAAAAUACAUAGGGAUAGUAUUUUCAGGAGAUGCACAAACGACUUCAGUUUCACCAACUUCUACACAUUCACCAUCAAUGGAAAGUCGACGAAGAGCAAUGGUUGCAGCCGCUGCCGCUGCUGCUGCACAACAACAACAACAUCAAACACAAGAUCGUGUUUUGAGAUGCACAUUAUGUGAUGAGCGAUUAGAAGAUACACAUUUUGUGCAAUGUCCAAGUGUGCCAUCACACAAAUUCUGCUUCCCAUGCUCACGAAAGUCUAUCAAGGUUCGUCUGAAUUUUUUAAAGAGGGUUGAUUUUCAAGAUUUUUGAAUUUUUCCGCUCAAGAGACAAUUAUUCACAUCACUUUUUCAGUGUUUUUAUAAAAACCGUUCUUCAAUUUUUCAAUUUCAGGAUCAAUGCAAAUCAACAGAUCUCUAUUGCCCAUCUGACAAAAAAUGUCCGCUAGUCGGAGCUGCGAUGCCAUGGGCAUUUAUGCAAGGCGAAAUUGCACAAAUUCUUGGAGAUGAAUAUGAGGACUUCAAAAAAGCUCGUGAAGCUCACGGACUUGCUCCACCAACCGGAGCAAAUGCAGCCACUGCUGCUGCAGCCGCUGCCGCUGCAGCUGCUGCAGCUCAACAACAAUCAUCGCCAGCUUCAACCACAACAUCAAACACAUCCUCUUCUUCGGUUGCGACGACACCAAAUGCUGUCUAG